AUGGAAGCGAGCAGCAAUAAUGCAAGGACACAGGUGAAGAGUACUGCAAAACAGACGAAAACUGAUAGCAAGAAAGAAGAUGACAAGGCUUUGAAGAAGAAGAAAUAUGAAAGCGAAGAUGAUGAAGAGGACGAUGAUGAUGAUGAUGUAUGGGAUGACGAGAGUGAAGAGGAUGAUGAAGAUGAUGACGAUGAUGAUGAUGAAGAGAGUGAAGAAGACACAAAGGCAAAAUCCUCAAAUGUGAAAGAUAACAAAACCAACACGGCCACAAAACCUGAUGGAAACAAAGCUCAGGAUUCUAGUAAUAGUAAAACCACUGAAGGUACCGCAAAAAGCACAGAGGUCGCAAAGGCAAAACCCUCGAAUGUGAAAGAUAACGAAACUAAUGUCGCUAAAAAACCUGAUGGAAACAAAGUGCAAGAAUCCACAAAUAAUAGUAAGAAUACCAAAGGUACCAUAAUCGAGGAUAGCGAUGAUGACGAUGAUGAUAGUGAAGAUGAUAGUGAAGAGGAUGAUAGUGAAGAGGAUGAUGAUAGUGAAGAGGACACCAAGGCAAAAUCCUCGAAUGAAAAAGAUAACAAAACCCUCACAGCUACGAAACCUGAUGGAGACAAAACUCAUGAUUCUAGUGAUAGUAAGAUCACCAAAGGUACCACAAAAGACAUCCAGGACAAUAAGACAAAAUCGACGGAUGUGAAAGAUGUCAAAACGAAUGUGGCAAAAAAACCUGACCAGAGCAAAGCUCAGGAUUCGGGUCCUAGUAAGAAUACCAAAGACACUACAAAAGAAUUGGAGGAAAGUGAUGAUGAAGAUGAUAGUGAAGAGGAUGAUAGUGAAGAGGAUGAUAGUGAAGAUGAUGAUGAAAGUGAGGAGGACACUAAGGCAAAGUCCUCGAAUGUUAAAGAUAGCAAACCAGAUCAGGCAAAAAUCCACCCAACAGGCAAAAAACCUGAUGGGAACAAAGCUCAAGAUUCUACUAAUAAUAAGACUACCACAAAAGACAAGGAGGAUAGCGAUGACGAUGAUGACGAUGAUGAUGAUGAUGACGAUGAUGAUGAUGAUGACGAUGAUGAUGACAGUGGUAAAGAGAAAGGAAAAACCAAAGAGAGCCUGCAAAAGAAAAAGAAGGCGGAUAGUGAUGAUGACGAUGAUGAUGAUGAUGACGAUGACGAUGAUGAUGACGAAGAUGAUGAUGAAAGCCAAACAGAGAAGAGCAAAGUCAAAAAUAAAGCGAAAAAGAAAGACGAAGAUAGUGAUGAAGAGGAUGAAGAGACAGAAGAUGAAGAGACGGAAAAAGAAGACGAAAGCAAUGAAAAAAAGGAGGAAGGCUUGGAAAACGUAAAUGAAGAUGACGAUGAUGAUGCUGAUGAUGAGAGCGAUGAUGAAUCAGUGAGCAGUAUUGGAAGUUAUAAUGAUGAUUCUCGAAAAGGAAGCGAUGACGAAAGUCUGGGCUCUUCACAGCAACCAAUGUUAAGACUCAGCGCGAUGUCACAUAUCUCAGGCAUGUCAGACGUAAUACCGAGGAAAGCCACUCCAGUGUCAGAACCUGAGAAGGGAGAGGAGACCGUGAAGGAAGAGAGUGAGAAAGAAGACGACAAAAAUGACGGGAUAAACGAAGAAGACGCUGAAAAAGAGCAAGAAAAUGAGGAGGAAAUAAAAGAGGAUGAAGAGCAUGUGGAAGAAGAUAAAGGAGAAGAAGAAAAAGAGGAAGAAGAAAAAGAGGAAGAAGAAGUGGCUGAAAGUGAUCAUUCGUUUUCUCCAGUUGACGUCAGCCUUUCGGAAUUUGACGACAAGGACAGCGAUGUUUUCAAAGAAAGAACCACGACGGAGAGAGAGCUGAGUACAAGGCAGGCCGAGUCCUUUAGCGACCGCGCGGAAAGCAGCUUCUCUCACGUGUCCGUCAAAAACAAGAUGAUGCUACUGCGGGACGCGUACGAGAAUGAUGAAGGCGCACUCACCAGCGAACCCGUAUUCAAGAAAACGCAAAAUGCUAAAUCGCGCGAUAAAAUGCGGCAAAACAAGCACCGGAUUUGGUAUGAAAUACCAGAGAGCACGGACGAGGAGGGCGGCAAGAAACGGGAAAAACCGCGCAAGAAAACGUUAGAAAAACGACGCACGGAGAUACGCGCACGUUCCCGUAGAAAACGAACGAGCGCUGGCGUAGCACGUGACGGCAAAACGGGCAAUAAGGAAUCGCACGCGAAGAGCGGCACGCGAACACGGAAGAAGAAACCGACACGUAAACGCGUGCGCGCUCAAGCAACGAGCGUUCUGCUCGUAGAACGAAGGGAGGAAACGUAUGAACAGUGUAACAGCAGCGGGGAGAGCAUACGACCGCUUGAGAGUUCCCUGAGUUUGCGAAUCGUUGAGGAAAGGUACGAGGCUUUGGAGGACGAUUUCUCUGAUUCAAGGUCCUCCGUCGAUCCGGGCAGCGGAAGCUCUGGGGAGAGCGGGCACGUGAGAAGGAGGAGAACUCCAGAUCUCGUGAGCGAGGAGGAGGUAAAGCCCAAGAAACGGCGGAAGGGUAAGGGUGUUUCUAAGGAUAAUGCGAAGGGGAAUACUAAACCCAAAGGGGUACAGAAGAAGACGGAAGUGGAUAAAGAAAUAGAGAAAGCUACGAAAGAAGUUGAGACCGCAGUUCCUAAACCUAAAAAGAAAAAGAAGAAAAAGCAAGAGGAUAAAAAGGGAGAAGACGUAAACGAAGAGGAUAAUGAAGUACACAAGCUGACAAAAGAGGGCACUCAACUAGUAGUGGUACCCUAUAAAGAACCCAGCGAGGGGCAAGAUGAGACCCAGUUGGAAAAAAAUGGUGAGAACGAAAACGAACCUCCAAGUGGAAGUGAAGAAGAGGCCCGCGAAAUAAAUAAUAGGAAAGACAGCGUUAUAUCACGAAGCAGCUUAAGUCAGCCAUCCCGUCAUCCAUCAUCAAAGUGGGCAUAUCGAACAAUAAAUUUGCAUCCGGGUUCUGAGAGUGAGGCUUCAGAAAAACCGACCCCGAGGAAGCGAGCCAGUAUCCAGUUAAAAAACACACCUCAUAAAAAGAAGACGAAAGAACUGCCGGUCGUACGAGGCAUUCCGAGGGUGAUACGACGAGUAAAUACGGAGACAAUGUUGAUGGCUGCCACUUCCAGACUACCAGAGAAAAAUUGGGCAAAGCUCAAAAAUCGUUCGGCAGAGCCCAAGAAUCGCACAAGACUAGAUCACACAGUUGUGGACCGGGUGCUUUCGGCAAACCGUAACAAGGUUACGAAGCUGGAGAGCAGGCUGAGCCAACUUAUCAAAGAACUAACUAAGGAAAAGGAAGAAAACAAGACCCUCAGACUCAUACAACAUAGGCAAGAAAAGAAACUGGACAAGGUUAUCGGUGAGGAAGCUGAGCUGCCGCAACUCCUUGUAAAGCAUUCGUCAGAAGUGAAGAGCUUGCGGGAACGAAUACGAAGGUUACAGGACAGCUCCCAUGACAAGGACGAGAAGCUCAACGAACAGGAUAGAACUAUACUGAAGUUGAAGGAUAAGUGUAAAUAUUACAGGGAUUUGUGUGAGAAAGAGGAACUCACAGAGAAAGCAGAAUUGGAAAAGAAAAUUUCAAAAGCAGAAGAGAAUUUAAAGAAAAGAGAUGAGGAGAUCUCGAAAUUGCAGAGAAUGUUGAACCUGAAGGAAAAGACACAUUCGAGGAAUUUGAAAGAGCAAAAAGAGAAACUACGAGAGACCCAGAAUAAGCUACGCAUGGUAGAAGAAAACUGUAAUAAUCUUCAAGGAAAACUCAGGGUGCGUGAAAAACAAUUGGAUUACACGAACAUUUACCAACGACAAAUCGUGUUGAAAGAGAAGACAAUUUCACCAGACUCGCCACCCAAAAUGGCCGCUCUGCCUGCGCCGAAGCGCGGCGCGAAAAAUAACACGAACGCUGCUAAAACGAACGGAAAUAAAGCGAAAAACAAAAGCGGAUUCUUAUCUAAGGAUAAAGAAGACGAAUCAAAGAAAAAAAACUCUGUUUUCCUUACCGCACAAAGUGAUAAGGAAAGUGGAUCGGAUUGGGACAUUGAUAAAAAGAAAGGAAAUAAAGAAGUGUUGUCCAUUACAGACGGGAAGAAUAUUUCGGGUAGUAAUGGAGCUACGGUUAAUGGCUACGGUGGAGGACACGAUGAUGAUUUAGAUAGUAGCGAGCGGCGUAGAAGGGAGGAAUUUGAGAGGAAUCUUCGGGCAGAAGAUGAGAGGUUGAGAAAAGAGAAGGAGGACGCGGAUAGGAUGAUGAACGAGAUCAAGGAAAAAGAGGAACGAGAGAGGAUGGAGAGAGAAGCAAAAUGGAGAGAGGACUCCGCGAAGAAGGCCAGGGAAGCCGAAGAGAAGCGACUGGCGUCCGCUAAGAGGAGGGAGGACGAAAGGCGAAGAAACGAGGAGAGAAUCGCCGAAGAAAGAAAACAGGAAGAACUGAGAGAGAAAGAAAAGAAGGCUGCUCAAAAUAGUUUUAUUGAAGACGAAGAAGCUCGUAGGAAGAAAGACGCUCUGCUUGCCAGGUUAAAGGCAAUCGACAGCGACAAAGGAUCGGACGAAGAUCCCCUGAACUUCGGAAGUAAUCGGUUCCCGAACGACCAUACUUCGAAACUUCCCGCAUCCAAGAGUUUCCAGGCGAGAAAAGCUGAUCAAAAUCUGCACAAUGGUUUACCAUCUGCCCCCAGAGGAAAUCAAAUCUUCUCGCCCCCCAAAGAAACCCGUGUCCCCUCGCCGGUCGAGAGCGAUCCCGAUAGCGUGAUCGGCGUACCUCGGCAUAAACCUGUUUUACUUGGCCGAGGUGGUUUGACCAAGAAGAAGGAUAACCAGCUUGACUGGUUGAACGACGACAAGAAACCGGCUACAAACAAAGCCAGGACGAAGCCGCCGGAUGAUGGCUUCAACUUUGGGGAGUAUUCGCCGAGUGUGAACGACAGUAAGAAAAAGUCGGACGGAGAUAUUUUCGACACCGGUUUCGGCAGAAGAGGUGGGCAAGGACGACGACGCGAAGCGGGCUCGGGGGAUAAUGUAUUUAACUUCGGUGAGAGACAGGGGAGUGGGGGAAACGAGAAACCCCAAUCAAAUUCCCUCGGGUUUUUAUCGGAUGAUUUUGGCAACAAGAGAACCGGUGAACAAUCUUCGCAGUCGUUGUUACCUCGGCGACGGGCCGCGCAGGAAAGGGGUGGACCCGCAGCCGUCUCGAGCGCAUUUGAUGAUAAUCUAGACGAUAUUGAAGAAUUUACCUUGUAAUUUUAAUAUUGUACAGUUAUAAUGCGUCUUAUGCCGUCGCUUGCACCAAGUGUUACCCACUCAUUGCAGAUGGAAUCUGCGUUCAUUGAAAACUUCUUACAGGAAGACGCCUUCAAAAGGUUUCAACUGCCUGGACUAACGGUGGUGCGAUUAAUGAAAACACUUAAUGCAAACGGCGGAAAAUGGCGUUUGUUGAGAGUAUAUAUAACCCCUUAACUUAUCUCAAUUUGUACGAUAGGAUAUUAUUAUAUUUGUAUACUUAUAUUGUCGUUUUGUUGUCGAGUUAAUGAACGUGCAUAUUUACUACGAUAGUCCUGUGAAUAUGUUGGAAAUUUUUG